AUGAAAACAUCUUCGAAAAAAAAUGAAAUUGCCAAAAAGAAACAACAAAUAAAUCCAAAAUACACUAAAAUUACGAAAGUGGCAAAAAGCUAUGCUAAGAAAUCAUCGAAAGGUAGAAGUAACGCUAAUAGUUUGAGCAAAUCAAUGGCCCCAACAAGUCCACCGAAUUUACAAAAGAAAGAGAAAAUAGCUAGACUAACGAGAGAUAAAGAUGGCAAAUGGAAACGAAACUAUUCUGAGAUUGCUUCAUUGUCGCCGUCGUCGUCAGCUAAAGAGUCGGUGUUGAAAAAUCAAACCCGGAUUAGAAGUGACAAUGAAUUAGAAUCAAUUUCAGUUAUCGUAGAUAAAGAAAAUGUUGUACAUGGACAAUCUGUACACUCUCAGAUGGUACAAAUUCAAACAAGUUCGUGA